AUGAGCCAACGAAAGUAUGUUGCCCCUUUUCUAUUUUUGUUUUUGCUUUUUUUCGUGAUUGUAUCGAUGUGAUUGCUAACGACGACUCAAGAAUCAACCGUCAAGACCUUUACGCAGACGACGAUAGUGACGAUGCACCUUCGGAUUCCAGUGGAGCAUACAUACCACCAGCGCUCGAUUUCGAUUUUGUAGAAGUGGAAGAAGAGCAAACGUCGCCACGAGAUGCGCAGACACAUGGAGAAGACAACGACGCUGAAGACGAGUUUGAUUUCCCUCUCUUUGCAUCCGCGCCUACAUCAGCACCUACAUCAGCACCAGCACCAUCAAAAGAUACGGCGCCGGCGCCGGAAAAAGAACGAGGUCGAUCAUCGCGACAAUCGGCACCAGCACCAACCACAUCAACACAAACUCAAAAAAUUUCACUUCGAGAGCACUCGGAAGAACGAAUAGUCAAUGAACGUCCUCCACAUUACUAUUUUGCCCAGUAUACCGCCGAUGAGCGAGCUCGCUUUGAAACGUGUGCCGUCUCUGCACAGGAUAUAAUCUCCCAGAUUUUCAUACAGCCGAACCUGAAGCGAUGUAUAGAUUUGAAUGAAACCAACGCAAAAGUUGAAGCUGAGAAACAAGAUAGGGAGAAGAAGAAGAGGAUGAGGCCCGGGAAGAAGAAACGAGAAAGCAAGAUUCGAUGUCGGGAACGUCGUUUGGAGAAAGCCAAGGUGAAGCAACGCGAGGUCAAAGAGAUGAAAAUGAGGGAGAAGCGCGAAAAGUAUGCCAAGUUUAACCCGCUUGGUGGUAGACGACACCGCAAGAAAUUGUUUCAGAAGAGACCUAUUGGUGUUGGCAAAAAAAUGGGCAGUGGUAAUGGUGCCGGUGGUGGGGGUAAACCCAAGUACAGAACUGAAUAA